AUGAUACGUUUUGCAAAUGAAAUUGUGGUAAUAGAAGAGAGUGAAGGUAACAUACAGUGUGCAGUUGGUAAAAUUAAUGAAAUAUUCAGAACAUCAGAAAUGAAAAUGAACAGUGGAAAAACAAUGAUCUUAGUUUGCGCCAGAGACCCGAAAAUAAAAGCUGAUGUAUACAUAGAUAGUCAAAAACUAGAGCAAUUAGAGGAAAUGGUAUACCUAAGGAGCAAAAUUACAUUUGAUGGUAAGAGCGUCCGAGAGACAAAACAACAUAUAGUAUUAGCAAACACUGCCUUUAGUAAAAUCCAUAAAUUGUUGACUUCAAAAAAGUUAUGUGAUGUUAUGCUCACACAACAUAAGAUUAUAAAUGCAUAA